AUGGAGGCGGCGGAGGUCUUCGAGCUUCCUGUGAUCAACAUUGGGUACCUGACCACAAAUAUUGGCAACGCUCCAUGUGUGUAUAGCCCGGACGAGACCAGCAGCGCAGAAGCUCAGGAUGUCAUCCCACACUGUAUAUGGACAAUGUCCCAUCAUCCUCCGGCACCACUACGACCUCAGUCUAAUAUUGACAGCAGAGUCGUUGGAAUCGACGGUCGCAUCGUUGGCACUGUCUCCCAAGCGGAUGCUGUACAGUCUGGUAGAAGUCAGGCGCAAUCUCAUCCUCCUCAAGGAAAAGACUGCCCGAGGAACACUCUACUCGAGCUUGUGAGAGCAAUCUUUGGAGUCGCCCGGCACGUUCUGAACUUCACUCGCUCGCCAGUCUUCGUGGACACUUUGGCACAUGGCCUGCUGCACUGUCGUUCAUCGAAAAAGCUUCGGAGAUCCACACAGAUCGCGGAAUGGUAUGAUAGGUAUGGACAGUGCAGUGUCUAUGGGGUGCCUCUGUCUGAGCUAGUUGAGGCACAUGUCAGGCGACUGAAGAUCUCCAAAUUCCCUAAACUCGAGGAUAUGCCGUAUUUGGACGCGGUCAAUGUUGCACUUGGUGAAAUGACUGAGGCAUGCCUAGAGUUCGUCGGAUUUCAACAAGCCUCUACGAAUGAUGCCCAGCUCCGAGUGGCCUGUCAGACUGCGAGACAAGGAGAUGUCGUCGCAGAGCUUGUGAAUUGCCCACGGGCAUUCGCCGUCCUCCGCCAGGUCGAGCCGGGGAGAUACAUCGUCAUCGGGGGCAAUGCCUAG